AUGAGCAAGUCGGACGAUAUCGAAAGACAGAUGGUGGUUACAUCCAACGAGCAUCAGGGGAAGCCACAGCAAUUACAAUUGGCGACAUGUGAGCAUGACGAAGAGAAUCUGCUUCCAGUGAUAGACGAUAUACCCUUCCGGGUAUGGCUGAUUGCUUUCGUGGGAGCCGCUGAGCGCUUCGUCUGGUAUGGAGCGACCAGCCCUUUGCAGAAUUAUAUUCAACAUUCACCCUCUAGCAAGAUUCCCGGCGUACUGGGCCUACGCGAAGCAAUGGCGACCAAUAUUGUGAAUGCGAUGAUGGCCGGGGGCUAUCUCACCACCAUCCCAGCAGCGGUGGUGGCUGAUACCUGGCUGGGUCGGUACAGAACAAUUCUAGUCUCUGCUGUCAUCCAACUCUGUGGCUCGGUGAUUUUGUUCGGGUCCUCCUUGCCUCGCGCUAUUCAAUCCGGGGCUGCAGAAGGUGGAUUAGUUACCGCCAUUGUGCUCAUCGCCGUGGGCUCAGGAGGAGUGCGAUCCUCUGUCGCUCCGUUCAUCGCGGAGCAGUAUACUGAAGCAAUCCCCAAGGUCAGAGUGCUAAAGAACAGACGAAAGGUCAUCACAGAUCGAGCGCUCACAAUCCAAUACAUCUACAAUGUAUACUAUUGGAUGGUGAAUAUCGGGGGGUUAUCGGCCCUAAUCACCACAAUCCUUGAGAAGUAUGUUGGAUACUGGGUCGCAUACCUUCUUCCCUUGUGCAUGAUGGCACUGUCGAUUGUACCGUUGCUGGCGUGGCGACAUACAUUUGUUCGGCGCCCGCCAAGUGGCUCGGUACUCCCACAAGCCGGCAGGGCUAUGUUGUAUGGGAUUCGUGAAGGGUUCCAGAUGGAUGGGGCCAAACCGCAGAAACAGCGAGAGAAGCACCACCGACAGGUGACGUGGUCCGAUACAUUCAUUGACGAGUUGAAAAGUGGAUUGCUCGCAUGUCGUGUUUUUCUCUUAUUCCCCAUUCAUUGGUUGUGCAUGAACCAAACCUUCAAUAACCUCAUUUCCCAGGCCGGACAGAUGGUCAACUCCGGGGUUCCAAACGACACUAUCAAGUCAUUCAAUCCCAUCUCCAGCAUUCUACUGACGCCGAUAGUCGCGCGUGGCCUAUACCCAUUCUUGACCCAGCACAAGAUCCGAUUCGGCCCCAUGGCCCGCAUUGUCGUCGGAUUUCUCUUUCUGACCCUCGCUAUGGCCUACACCGCAAUCCUACAAAAAUUAGUAUAUUCCACGGGCCCCUGUUACGAUCAACCCCUGGCAUGCCCCGAGUCGGACCAUGGCCACAUUCCCAAUCAAAUCUCGAUGUUCCUGCAAAUACCCAUCUACGUUCUUGGUGCGAUUGCGGAGAUUUUCUGUUUCACCACAGGGACGGAAUAUGCCUACAAUCAAGCUCCGAAAUCUAUGAAGUCGGUGGUCCAGUCGGUGUGGAUGGCCACAGCUGGAGUUGGAGCUUGCCUGGCGAUGGCGUUUACGCCCAUCAACAAGGACCCCCAUCUGGUUAUCAUGUAUUCAUCGUUGGCGGGCGUCAUGGCCGUGACGACUGUUUUGUUCGGGAUAUUGUUCGGAAAGCACGAUCGGGAGAAGGCCGUUCUUCUAUAG